CACAUUUUUUGCAGAAUAUCUCACAUGCUUAUACUUAGCAACUAUUUAACCUAAUGAUCCUUAAGUAAAUAUCCUAUACUUGUCUAUUAUAAAAACAAACCUGGGGUUUUCUGUCGUUACAGAAUGGAAAACUGCUAUACUACAGACCAUUGCUUCAAAGUAAAACACCGAAUGGCAAAAGGUGGUAGUUUAGCACCAACAUGACGAAAACCAUAGUGAAGCCUCCUGAAAAACCAAAGAACAAUGAAACUGAGUCCGAAGUGGGAUGUGUUUGGCCGCAGAUUUUAGCAAUUUUGUCAGCCUGUUUGGGUGCUUUCAACGAUGGAGUCCUGGGGGCCUGGACAUCACCUUUCCUAGUAAAAUUAGUUAACGACAAAGUACACUACGACAUAUCUGAGAGCGAGGCAAAUAAUUUGACAAUUGUACAGCCCUUGACUAUGGUACUUACUGGUUACUUCUUUUCAAAAUUAACUAAUAGAAUAGGAAGAAAAAAGGCUAUGCUGCUAGUAGGCAUACCUCAAGUACUGUCGCUGUUGAUUUGCGCAUUCGCGAGAAGUAUCUAUGUGUUCUACAUCGGCAGAUUCUUUGCUGGUUUGUCGAGUGCGAUAGUUUGGUCAGCCCUGCCACCUUAUGUUGGAGAAGUGGCAUCACCAGAGGUGAGAGGAGUAUGGGGCAAUUCUCUCACUUCCGUAAUUUAUGCUGGACAGUUCUUUAUCAAUGUUGCUGGAAGUUACUGUGAUAUAUUAACAGCUUCUUGUAUAUUUACUUCUGUUUCAGUUUUAUUUUCUGUAGUUUUUCACUUUAUGCCAGAGUCACCUUUCUUUUUCAUUAUGAAAGGGGAUGAUGAGUCUGCUAAGAAGUCUUUGAGAUUUUUGACCAGGAAAAUAAACGUUGAUAAGGAUUUUUCGAUGCUUAAAAAGGAUGUUGAUAGACAGAUGUCAGAGACUGGUAAUUGGAAAGAUCUGGUUUGUAUUAAAAGCAACAGGAAGGCUCUUACAAUUGCUCUAUUUUUAAGAAUAACCCAGACAUUUAGUGGAUCAGCAAUAUUGACUCAAUACAAUCAAUACAUUAUAAAAAAAGCUGGAGGAAAUGUAAGCCCCGAAAUAGCUUCCAUUAUUUUUACAGGCCUUUGUGUAAUUUUCAACAUUUUCGUAAUCAGUUUCAUAGUUGACAGGUUUAGCAGGAAAGUCUUGUAUUCAUCCUCAUUACUCCUUUGCAGCAUGGUCCUAUGUACAUUGGCCUCUUAUCUCUACUUCGAUGAAUUUGUCCCUAACACGGAUCUGGACUCUGUGGCUUGGUUGCCAUUAACUUGUCUCAUUACAUUCCAGAUAGGAUGGUCUUAUGGCUUGGCAGUCAUACCGACCUUAAUGAUGGGAGAAUUGUUCUCAGUUAGUAUAAAGUCAAAGGCUAUGAUUGUUAUGAUGGUUGCCUUGGGAGGAGGAAUAUCUUUUGUAAACUUAUUGUUCAAUAUUUUGAAUAGUGUUUUGGGAACUUGUGCUCCAUUCAUAUUCUUUGCAUUCUGUUGUAUUGGUUCAGCUAUAAUGUCUUUAUAUAUUAUUCCUGACACUAAAGGAAAGACGUUGGAGGAAAUACAAAUGGAUUUAAAAGCAUCUUCUAAAGAUAACAAGAAACAUAAUAUAAAAUUAACCAUUGGAAAGUAGUAAAGUGAGACAAAUAUAUACAUAUGAAACAUUAA